AGUAGACAUGUUUUUGUUUGAAUUAUACUGGUAUCUGGAAUGUAUAUUUUGACAUGUUUCACAACCCUCAAAACCCUCUGCUGCUCUCUAAUUCUUUCGUAAACGUAAUUCUCGUCUUUAUGUGGGUUGAGACGAUGCCAUGAGUUUGUCGUGUUGCCGAAUUAUAUAUUUGUUUGUGUUUAUCACGUGUUCUUGUUGGUCCAUUUUGAGUUGCAUAUAAAUAUGUAUAAAAACAAGCAAUUUAAAUAAAAACUUGGUUCAAAAAAGUUGACUAAACAGUUUGUCUGUCCAUGUCAGAAUAAUAAACUUCAGUGACACAGAAAGAUAACAGUAAAUAAAUAUAUCUUCCACGGCUAAAUAAAUAUCUCUGAGAAGUCAUUAAGAGUUUGCUGGAGUCUGUUUGCAUUGAUAAAGAUGCUUUUUAGGGCGAACUGGUCCUUUAGAGGCCACACAUGCCUGCCAGACAGUACUGAGGGCGGCACGGUGACAACGAUGAUGUGCUGUAUGACAUUGCGGAAGGGCUAUUCCUGGAUCCUCCCAACCCUCCCCUCACAACAACACUGGAGGCAGAAAUAGCUUCUUAUCAACAGGAGCGGAGGCAACAGGCGCAUCGGAAGCCAUCCGAGGACGGCGGAGAUCCCGAGAUGGCUCAGGCCAACAUCUCGGUGACGGAGAGCCAGUUCAGGUGUCCCAUCUGCCUGGACAUCCUCAAGGACCCGGUGUCCAUCCCCUGCGGACACACCUACUGCAUGGCGUGCAUCAACAACUACUGGGACCAGGCGGAGUCGGGCCACUUCAGCUGCCCUCAGUGCCGGGAGACGUUCAGCCCUCGGCCGGUGCUGCGGAGGAACACGGUGCUGGCGGAAGUCGUCGACAAACUCAAGCUGAGCGAGAUGGUCGCGGCGCCGGAGCUCUACCUGGGGGGAGUCGGGGAGGUGCCGUGCGACUUCUGCCCGGCGGAGAGCAAGCUGAGGGCGGAGAAGUCGUGCCUGGUGUGCCUGGCGUCCUUCUGCGAGGUCCACGUCCUGCCGCACCGGGACGUCGGCACUCUGCGGCGGCACAAGCUGGUGGCGGCGGUGGAGAGUCUGGCGGAGAGGCUGUGCGCUCAGCACCGGCUGGGGCUGGAGCCGGCGGGGGGCGGCUCGGAGGCGGAGGCCGCGGUGGAGUGGAGCGGGGACUGCCUGCUGUGCGAAGCCGACCAGGAAGAAGCGCACAACAUGGACGCGCAGAGAGCCAGGAGACAGCUCCAGCUCCAGGAGUCUCAGAAGAUGGUCCAAGGGAGGAUCCGGACUGGAGAGAGAGAGCUGGAGGAGUUUCAGCAGAACUUGGAGUCUCUCAAGGUGUCAGCGUCGGCUGUUCUAGAGGACAGUGAAGCUCUGUUUGCUGACAUGGCUCUCCGUCUAGAGAAAACCAAGGCAGAGGUUCGAGCCAGGCUAGAGGCGAAGGAGCGAGCGGUGGUGGGGAGAGCUGAACGAGACAUCGAGAUGCUGGAGAAGGACCUGGAGGAGCUGAGGAGGAGGGAUGAGGAGAUCAGCCAGCUGCUGCAGUCCGAGGACAACGCCCAUUUCUUACAGGCGGCUCCACUGCUCUGCGUCCCUCUCACCACUGGUCGGCACUCCAGAGCCCUCAGCCUGCCCACAGAGGCCUUCAGCGGCGCCAGAAGAGCACUGUGUCACCUCCGCAGCCACAUGGAGGAGGUCUGCAGGGAGGAGGUCGACAAGAUCAGUCGUGCAGUUAAUGAGAACUACGUGGCUGGUGGAGAGUGUGUGAAAGGUGGCCAAAGUCACAGUGUGGAGAAUUCCAAACCUCUGCAACCAACACUAUCUGCAGGGCAACAUUUCCAUAGGGCAGUGCCAGUGUCGUUCCCACUGUCCUCUUUGUCUCUUCAACUGGCUGAUCAGAGGAUGAGGGCAGCUUUUCUCAGGUUUUCAUGUCGUCUCUCCUUGGACCCCGAUACAGCCCACCCCACACUGGUUCUCCUGGAGGGUCCCCAAGGUGCCCAUUGUGGCGAGGAGCCGCAGUCCUACCCCCCUCAUCCCCAGCGCUUUGAUUCAGUGGCACAAGUCCUAUGCAGGGAGGGCCAGUUUGGUGGCGCCAGCUACUGGGAGGUGGAGUGGAGGGGCGGGGGAUGGGUCGACAUAGGCGUCACCUACCGAGGCAUCGGGCGCAAAGGCGGUGGAAAGCCCUGCCUGCUCGGUCGCAAUGAGAACUCUUGGCGGCUGAGGUGUACUCAUGCUGGAUACGCCGCGUGGCACGAUAACCGUAAGACCACUGUGGCCGCACCGCCCUGCCCCAGGAUCGGCGUGUUCCUGGAGCGCCAGAAAGGAGCGCUGUCCUUCUACAGCGUGUCGGACACCAUGCUGCUCCUGCACACUUUUCGUUGCCCCUUCUCUCAGCCGCUGUACCCGGCCUUCCGUCUGGACCUGGACUCCACCCUGCUCAUCUGCCCCCAUGACAGAGCCAAUGGGAAUCCGACCUGAGCGUGACCCCCUCCUCAGCCAGGGCUCUUCAUUUAUCUGCUGCAGGAAAGGGCUGUUCUGUCCGAUAACGGAUAUGAACUCUAAAAAUACAACUGAGGGGGAUGAUUGUGCAGGACUCAGUCAGGAAUCAAACCCUUUCCUUUUUGUUUGGUCUCUUCUUCUGUCUUUUCUGCGUUUAUUUCCUCUAAUUGAAAAAUGCUCUGUUGGGAUCACUGUCAGGCUGAGCUGUACAAAGAAUACUACAGCUGAGUUUUAAACAUUUGGUAUUUUUCACAGCGUUCAUUAUGACUCAUCAUGACAGGAAAAGCACCGGUGUCACCAACAUGAGCACUGGGUCAAAGAGCCAAUAUCCAAAACAUCAAUAUGCUGACCUUAUUAUUGUCAUUUACAUAUUUGUACCUAUGCUUUUCCAACUGUGCCAUGUCAAAGUGUCUGCUGAGAAAAAGGUCCAUUCCAAAGAGUCACUGAGGAAAAAAGCGAGAGUCCGAGGACAGAGGGACAGGUUUCUGAUUUGUGCCGGUGGGCAUUCUUUUCUUGAUCUGAAGCGGUAUGAGCGGGCUAAUAGUUCUCACAUAUUUCUUUAGUCUGAAUCAACAAUAUAAAGACACUACUCAAUAUUUAUACUGGUUUUAUUGAGCUGAAAAUAACUCUACAUUUUUUGUGAAAGACGCUUCUUUUUUUUCCUCUUUUUUUAUCUCCCGCUCUGACAUGGCGUGACAUACCAAACCUCACACCAUUUUUCAUCACGAACCUGCAAAAGUGACCUCAGCUGCAGAUUCAGACAAAUGAAAUGCCAUAUUGUAGCUUUGUAGAAAGCAUUUUUUUCUUUAGGUGAUGUUAGUCACGUGUUUUUAGGCCGUUUGACAUCAUUUUCCUUUAUAUGCGUGUUCCUCGCAUUGGAGGUUUACUGCGAAUGAAAGGAACAGUUUGAUGUACGUAGAAGAGACGUGCUUUUUUGCUUUCUUGUUAGAGUUGGAGAAGAAUAUUGCUACAAUUCUCCUGUUUGUUAGCUUAAGUUAGCAUAAAAACUGGAAACAGGGGGAACCAGCAAGUUCAGAUCUGUUACAAACAAAAAAUAUAAUGAAAAAAAAUAUAUAUAAAAUAAUAUAUAUAUUCCCCCAAAUUUAAAAAAAAUCUUCCCAAAAAAAUCCUAAAAAUAUCUAAAGUAAUUACAUGUAUAUCAGCAAAACUUCUAAUAUUUUCUUUAAGAACAUUCACAAAAAAUCAACCAAAAUCCAGCGAAUUUUGCUGGAUUUUGGUUAAUCUUUUUUGUGAAUGUUCUUAACAUUUUUUUCCCACCAAAACAUUUCAGUCAAUAUUUUGUGUGAUCACCCAUGGCCAGCACUAGAUUUUGGUUCUUGGCUCGUUUGUUGUGGACUUAAUCUGUCCCAGUCGUCUCUGUUUCUUCACCAACUCCAUGACUCCAGUAACCUGAUCUCAGCGCUCCAUACCAUCUGUAGCAGGACUGCUUGUUUUCCUUCUUGCUGAAAACACUUCUUUGAGACUCUGGCUGAGUAUCUGGGGGUCACUGUCAUGCUGCAGAAUGAAUUUGGGACCGAUCAGAUGCCUUUCCUAACUGUACUGUGUGAUGGAUGAAAUCUAAACAUCUAAGUGCCUAAACGUUUGCACAGUACCAUGCAUACUAUCACUGCAGCACUGAGCAGGAAACUAUCAGAUAAAUGUACGUUGCAAGCUUCCAAAUCAUUUUUUUUUAGCAUAUCCAGUCAUAUCUACUCACAUCUAGUCCUGUCAGUACUUCAUAUCCACUUCACAUCCGUUCUGUCAAGGUAGAUUUGGAACAUAAAGACUUUCACAUCAGAUGUGGGUUAAACACUAAAUUUUAAGUGCCACUGAUUCUGCCAUCUUCAACUCCUGACUCCUGUGUCCUUCUGGAAACAGUUUGAUUGUAGCAUGGCAAGGGGCAAGGAUCCACUUGGAACUUUUAUUAAUUUCAAGUGUGAGCGUGACCUUGCCUUCCCUACGAAUGGAUGCCAUUGUAGCCACUGCCUUCCUUGCAUUAAGCCGCUGUUGUGCUGGCGUUUUCUUUUUAAAAGGUGCUUUUCCAGAUGAUUAUGAUCACUUGACCGAUCACUGUGUGAGGCCUUUAAACCGACCUGUUUAAAAAGUGAAAAUGUAUCAACUCCAAAGACACAACGAAAUCAUACAGCUGCAUCAGAUUAUCAACAUUCUUCCAAACAGAAACCAUACUACGUGUACUGCUAACAUGUUUGCCAUGAAGUGCAUUAUUUCACAAACUGUAGGACGACAACAUGAAGUGAACUCUCUGUAAAAUAUCAUUUUUGUCCACCUGUUAGCUCACUGCGCUUCUGUUGUUGUUCGUGUGUUUGUAAAAUAUGUUGUAUUUGUCUGAGUGUUGCUUUUUCAAACAUGAGUUUGUUUCACAUUUACUGGCAAUAAAGUGAUCCAUGGAGGUCUGAA